UGGUAAGGCUGAAUUUGGAGUAUUGUGUACAGUUCUGGUCACCGAAUUAUAGGAAAGAUGUCAACAAAAUAGAGAGAGUACAGAGAAGAUUUACUAGAAUGUUACCUGGGUUUCAUCACCUAUGUUACAGGGAAAGAUUGAACAAGUUAGGUCUUUAUUCUUUGGAGCAUAGAAGGUUGAGGGGGCACUUGACAGAGGUAUUUAAAAUUAUGAGGGGGAUAGAUAGAGUUGACGUGGGUAGACUUUUUCCAUUGAGAGUAGGGGAGAUUCAAACAAGAGGACAUGAGUUGAGACUUGGGGGCAAAAGUUUAAGUGUAACAUGAGGGGGAAUUUCUUUACUCAGAGGGUGGUAGCUGUGUGGAAUGAGCUUCCAGUAGAAGUGGUAGAGGCAGGUUCGGUAUUAUCAUUUAAAGCAAAAUUAGAUAGGUAUAUGAACAGGAAAGGAAUGGAGGGUUACGGGCUGAGUGCAGGUCAGUGGGAUUAGGUGAGAGUAAGCGUUUGACAUGGACUAGAAGGGCCGAGAUGGCCUGUUUCUGUGCUGUAAUUGUUAUAUGGUUAUAUGUGAGGCAACCCUUCACCUUCAAGUCUUUUGGGGUCGUCUAUUGUAUACAGUGCUCACAAUGUGGCCUCCUCUACGCUGGUGUGACACGACGUAAGUUAGGUGACUGCUUUGUCGAGCACCUCUGCUCCAUCUGCCAAAAGUGGAAUUUCCCAGUAGCCAACUAUUUUAAUUCUUAUCUUCCUUCCAGUUCUGGCAUGUCCGUCCUUGGCCUCCUCUUCUUCCACAAUGUGUCCACUCUCAAAGUGGAGGAGCAAUACCUCAUUUUCCAUCCAAGUAGCCUCCACCCUAAUUUAUUUCUCAUUCUGGAAAUAUAUUUUUCUUUUUUAUCCCCCUCCCUCUUUAUUCUAUUCCUCACUGUGGUCUAUAACUACUUCUCCUUACCUGCCUAUCUCUUCCCCUUGGUUCCCGCCUCCUUUCCUUUCUCCCAUGGUCCACUCUCCUAUCCUAUCAGAUUCCUUCUUCUCCAGCCCUUUGCCUUUUCACCUAUCACAUCCCAGCUUCUUACUCCUCCUCCACCCACCUGACAUUACCUAUCACUUUCUAGCUUGUCUUCCUCCCCAUCUUUCACACCAUUUUAUUCUGGCGUCUUCCCCCAUCCUUUCCAGGCCUGAUGAACCAAAACAUCGGUUUAUUAUUCAUUUUCAUAGAUGCUACCUGACCUGCAGAGUUUCUCCAGCAUUUUAUCUGUGUUACUCUGGAUUCCCAGCAUCUGCAGAAUCUUCUGUGUUUAUAAUAAUGUUCAGUUCAGUGCAAAUCAUUGUCAGACCUAAAAGUGUUCCUCUUGUAUCAGGAAAGACAAGUGUUAGAAAAGUAAAAUUGAAAUCAGGCAAAGAAGUCAACAAAAAGGAUGUCAAGAAAAAUGGCUCCGUUUCUUGUGUCCCACGUGUGCUGAAAGAAGUUGUUUCAGCAUCAAUAUUCAAGGUGACACCUGACACAGCAGAAGUAAAUGCAAACAGUGGUGGGCACUUGUCAACAAUUCAGGAGUUUAGAAUUCCGUCAGGCCAGCAUUCUCCUCUUGUGGAUCAGUGUCUUUCUGAUAAUGUAGAGACACAAAUGGCUUUUCUAAAUGGCCAUGGUCCAGUAAAUGUCUCUAACCAGGUGCCUGCUACACCUUGCAACACAAGUUUAGACUCUGGACCUCAUACUGCUCCAACAUUUAAUCGUCGACUCACCACUUCUACACCAGCUAUCUCUCCUAAGAACCCUGCUCGUCCAUUAUUAGUUCAACAUCAGAAUAUUUCCAGUGACCCUUGCAAUCAACCUGCUUCCCACAAAGGGUUGAACUUUCUGCCAGUCUAUCCAGUAUCAGCUACUGUUACCCCUACUGUGUCUACAUACCCUUUGUCUCAUCAUAGUGAUGGAAGACACAUAUCGGAUAGCCAAGGCCCACAACAAUGGAAGGAACAAGAACAACUGAUGUGUAUCCAAUGCUGCAACACCCAAAGAGAGCAGCAAGCAAAAGAGACCCAUCAUGUGACUUGCAAAGCACAGAUGCAAGCAGCAGACAAUAACAAUUCAGAAACUGAACCCACUGACUGGAAUACUGUUGAAGAUGCUCACUCCAAUCUACUGGAUGUUGAACCAGUAAAGGACACCAUUGGCCAGAAUUAUUUUGCCAAACAAGCAAAACCUAAGAAACAGAGUCCUGACAAAACAGCCAAGAAGAUUAAAACUGUCAGAUACCUUCUGAGUGAACUUAAGGCUCUGGUUGCUGAUCAAGGUAGUCAAAAUGACUCUGAAGUUUUCAGGUUAAUAAUGGAGCUAGAGGAUAGCAUCUCUCUAUUGCCAACUGUGAUUGGAAGCACUAACAUACAAGCAGAAAUAGCUAUGAGUCUUCAACCUCUACGCAGUGAGAAUGCCCAGCUUCGCAGACGGUUAAGAAUAGUGAACCAACAACUUCGAGAACGAGAAAAGGCUGAGAAAGAUUCCAGGUCUACGGAUUGCAACUUUGAAGUGAUCUCCUUACAGUCCAUGAACACAACAUUGCACACCCAACUGAGAGAAUCACUGAAAGAACUUGAGUUGUUGCAAAGGAAAAAUGAAGAGUUGCUGAAUGUUAUAAGCAGUCAAAGAGAGCAGAACAAACAAUUACUCCGGCAGAUGCAGGGGAAAGAACAGGAUCUGUUCCAGAGUAGACAGCAAUGUGAGAUGGACACAACUCGAGUCAAAAUGGAAGUGGAUGAAGCCUUAACCAAAAUGAGGAAGAUUCAGCUAAAUCUGGAAGCCUCUGAAAAAGAAAAUCAAAUCUUGGAAAUAACAUUACAUCAGCGUGAUGCAGAAGUGAGCAGAUUGCGUGAACUAACCAGAACUUUGCAAGGCAGUAUGGAAAGACUUCUUUCUGAUCUUAGUAUGGAUUUUGUAAAGCCUACCUCAAGACUGACCAGAAGCCACCUUCAGGAGUAUGAAAAGCAUCUUCAAGAUGAUCCAUGUUUGAGCUCUGUGGCAGCUUAUCUUAAAAAUCUGAGCACGAACUCUGUUCAGGACACACCGGCUUUGUCAUUGCCAUAUAAAGCAUUGGAAUCUGAACAAUGCUCCACACCUCUUCAACCUAAUCUAACUGCUGUAGCGGCCAGAAUAUCUCCGAAUAAUGGCCUAUCAGGAAAAUCUUCACCCUCAAGUUUCUCUAUAUACAGGGCACAGACUGAAUGUCACAAUAUUAAGUAUGAAGACUCAAAUCUGGAUGAAACUACAUACAUUCCAUUAGUAAGCAAUGCAUCCAAGCAAGGAAAUGAACCGGUGAGGAAGGAAUGUAUACCAGUUCAAUCACAUAUUAGAUCAAAUAUGUUGCAUAAUGAUGGUGGAGGUUCAUGUAAUGGACUGGUGAUAAAGCCAUGCCAUGAAGAGUUGGAAAAGCCAGAAAUGGUGAUUGCUGAAGAAAUGUCCAUUCCUGCUAAUUUAAAGGAGAAAACUAUACCGAGAAGGUGUUCAUCAGAUCUGGGAGCAUCAAAAAAUAAUCACAUCCAAACAAGGCCUUUGGACAAUAUUAUAGGACUUUCUAAAUCCAAUGUAGAUUCAUGUACUACUCCUGCUCUGAGAAGUGGGCCACAAUUACAGGAUGACACUGUUUCAGCUGUUGAUUCAAGUUUCUCAAGUAUUGAUUAUAGGUACAAAAAAUCUAAUUGCAGCAUGUCAUCAUUUUCUUCAUUUAAUUCUUGGGAUGAGCAAAACUUCCGGAAUAGUUUAGCAGCUCUAGACGCUAACAUUGCAAGAUUACAAAAGAGCUUACAGGCUGAUAUAGAAAUACAUUGACCCCAAAAUACUUAGUGUACAUAAAAUGUACAUGUAUGUAUUUAUUGUUUUAGGCAGGUUUUUAAUUUUACAAAUUUCUUGCAAUCAUGCCUGUAGUUUUGACUUGAGUUUUGUAAUUAAAUUUUAA